CCAGCAAUUGGUGCUAAGGGUUGUCCGUUGUUGCUACUCAUACAUCAUAUAGUCAGUUAGGUUGUUUCUGUUUCCCGAAAAAGUAUAUAUUUGUCAAUUUAUUUGCUGUUUUUUUUUAAGUAUUUAAAACAGUCAGCGGAAAGAAAUGCCAGUGCAUUCGCGGGAUAAAAAGGAGGCCAAUCAUGAGGAAAUGGAAGUGGAUUAUCCGGAGCAUGAAGGCACCAGCUCAGACGAGGAAGACACGGAGAGCUCUUCUGUGUCAGAAGAUGGAGACAGUUCAGAGAUGGACGAUGCAGACUGUGAAAGAAGAAGAAUGGAAUGCUUAGAUGAAAUGACAAACCUGGAAAAGCAAUUUACAGAUCUCAAGGAUCAACUUUAUAAAGAACGGCUAAGCCAAGUUGAUGCCAAAUUGCAAGAAGUCAUUGCUGGGAAGGCACCAGAAUACCUUGAGCCUUUGGCAACCCUGCAAGAGAAUAUGCAAAUCAGAACCAAAGUGGCAGGUAUUUACAGAGAACUUUGCUUGGAGUCUGUGAAAAAUAAGUAUGAUUGUGAAAUCCAAGCAGCCCUCCAACAUUGUGAGAGUGAAAAGCUGCUUUUGUAUGACACUGUGCAAAGUGAACUUGAGGAGAAAAUAAGGAGACUUGAAGAAGACCGACACAGCAUAGAUAUUACCUCAGAACUAUGGAAUGAUGAAUUGCUGUCAAGAAAAAAUAAAAAGAAAGACCCAUUCAGUCCAGAUAAAAAGAAGAAGCCAGUUGUUGUUUCAGGACCAUAUAUAGUUUAUAUGUUACAAGACCUUGAUAUUCUUGAAGACUGGACAACCAUUAGAAAGGCUGUGGCCACAUUGGGACCCCACAGGAUAAAAUCAGAAACAUCCAUAAAAAGUGAAAAACACCAACAUAGUGCCCACUCAGAAGAUGGACGACUCUUUUAUGAUGGAGAGUGGUAUAACCGUGGCCAAAGAAUAUGCAUUGAUAAAAAAGAUGAAUAUCCAACAAGCGCCUUAAUAACCACUAUCAACCAUGAUGAAGUCUGGUUCAAAAGAAUGGAUGGCAGCAAGUCUAAACUCUACAUAUCUCAGCUUCAGAAAGGGAAAUACACAAUCAAGCAUUCCUAAUUUUUUUGCAUUAUAGUAUUUUUUUUUUUUCAGGAUCAAAAAUGUUUCCAACAUCAUGUAUUGCUGCCAAAAAGCAUUUUUUUUUAAUAAUUGGUUUUAAUUUCAGUGUUUUUUUUCCAGUUUUUUUGUACAUACUGUAUGUAAUGCACAAUUUCACUGUAAAUGUUGAACAACUACAUUUAAUUUUGUUUUUGCUUUCUUCUGUUGUGCAUGCGACUACCUCAUGGUCCCUUAUUUAAGAAGAACCUUGAGGUGCUGUAAAUAACACCAGAUGAGUAAUGUCAGAAUUUCAAAUGUAGUGGACUUUUUUCUCUUUUUUUAAAUUGUCUUGAAGUAGGUGUUGCUUCAAGCUAUCACAAAGAGGCUGUUCGCCUUGCCAUUACUAAAUUAGUGUAUUUGUAGUUUUCUUAGAUGGUGUGCCAAAACCUGUUAAUCUUUGCUGGUUACUAUAUAAUAAUAGAGUUAAACUGAACCACUCUAUGUAUUUGCAAAACAAUGAGGUUUAUAACCACUUUGUUAGCAAGUGUUACUCUGUUUACCUCAUUUUGGUCACUGCUGCUAUUGUGAAUUUUAUCUUGUACAAAGUAUAGUACUAUAUAAAUAUAUAUAUUUCUGUUAAUAACUUUCUGGCAUUGUUCAGGACUCGUCAGCAAUUGCACCAAUUCUCAUGCAUGUAUAUAUUAUAUGCUUUUUUUUUUUUCCUUCUCUGUGUUUCUCACAAAUAUUUAUUUCUUUUUCUUAAAAGUUAAACAAAUAUAAUGCAAUGCAUUUCACUGAGGUAAAGAUUUCAUUUUUGAGCAUGUGCUGUAUGCUUUUAGAGGACAAAACCCAACACUCGUGCAAUGGUCUUGGGAUGUUUGAUGUUGAGGCAGUAGGAGCUAAUUGCCGUUAUCCAGUUUUUCCCCUUUCAGUACCAUUAAUACUUAUAAACCUUUGGAAACAAGCGGAGAAUACACUUCGAGAGACAGCUUUGAAUGUGGAUCUUUUCAACUGUGGUGUUGAUUCUUUAUCCCAGUUCAUUGUAUUCGAGAAACCCUUAUUGUAACAUUUUAGAAACUAAGCAAUAUAGUCGCGUAAAAAGAGAUCGUCAGUCACUUGGACCUUCUCAGAUCAGCUAUUUGAUGGCAAAUAUUUAAUACGUAAAUGGUUUACGAAUUGUUUCAUUUUACCAGAAUAAGAAUUCUCCUUAGUGUUAUGUAAACAGCAUUAAAAAUGACAUUUCCACAUAAUUUUUACAUUACGUGUGUGUGUGUGUGUGUGUGUGUGUGUGUGUGUGUGUGUAUAUAUAUAUUUAAAUAAUAUUUGUAGAGUUAGAGUAUGGAUUGUGUGUGUGUGUGCUUCUCUAUGAUAUGUCUAAUGUCCUACAACUGAGUUUGUUUGUCUUUAUUUUUCUGUCUUUGUUUCUAAAACAGUAAUGCCACAAAAUGUAUUGCAUUUAUCUGAACAACUUUGACAGGGUAAUUCGUUACCGUCUGGCUGUCCUCUGUCCAAAAAUGAAUUGUUUUCCCUUUUUAUCCCAUGUGCAUUCCUAUUUUUUGCCUCUUUAUGAACUAACCUUGCAGUCUUCCAAAAUGUUUAUAUGUUCUACUGUUGUGCCUUUUUGUUUUGUUGUUUAUAUAGGAAAUUGAAUCUGAUAAACAAGUGUACUUUUGUUUUAAUGUUUUUUCAAUUUAGUUCUCAUUUGAUUAGA